AACGAGUCCAGCGGAGUGUCAGUAGUCGUUCGACGCUGGCAAGAUGUGGACCGUCCCAGCACUGUUACGCUUCGGGAUCUGUUUGACAGUUACGGCCGUGUGUGGUGUGUGUUGUGCGGCCGCCUCCGAGCAAGGUGUUCUGAUUAGCAAAGCAUGGAGGACGGAGAAAAGUGACGAUCUGCUCUACCCGCUGACCAUCAUCCAUCUGAACGACUUUCAUGCCCGGUUCGAGGAGACGAACACAGUUUCGACGCGCUGCAAACCGGACGAGGGUGAACGAUGCAUCGGCGGGUAUGGGCGGGUUGUUUCCCGCAUCAAAUCGCUGCAGCAGGAGUACGCCGAUCGGAACCCAAUCUACCUGAACGCAGGCGAUAGCUUCCAGGGCACGAUCUGGUACACGCUGCUGAGGUGGAAUGUGACUGCCUACUUUCUGAACCUGCUGCCCGCCGAUGCCAUGACCCUCGGCAACCACGAGUUCGAUCACGGUGUGGAGGGACUGGUACCGUUUCUGGGAGCUAUCGACAGUCCCAUGCUGGUUGCCAACAUCGACGAUCGCGAGGAGCCGACGCUACAGGGGAAGUACCAGCGAAGUGUCGUGCUGGAGCGUGGUGGUCGCAAGAUCGGAAUCAUUGGUGUGAUACACCACGCGACGGAUACGCUCAGCAUGACGGACCGGGUCCGCUUCCUGGAUGAGGUGCAGUGCAUCAAUCAGGAGGCGACGGCCCUGAAGCAGCUCGGCGUGGACAUUAUCGUAGUGCUGUCACACUGUGGCUUCACCAUCGAUCAGCAGAUUGCGCGGGAGUGCCCGGAUGUGGACGUCGUUGUCGGAGGUCAUUCGCACACCCUGCUGCACACGGGCACUGUGGCCGAUUGGCCGGACGUGCCGGCGGGCAGCUAUCCGUUCGUGGUGGAGCAAGCUGCCGGCCGCCGGGUGCUGAUCGUACAGGCCGGUUCGUUCACCAAGUACCUGGGCCAUCUGGUGGUGUACUUUGACGAGCGUGGCGAAGCGGUGCGCUGGGAAGGUAACACCGAGUAUCUGGACGAAUCAUUCCCCAAGGAUGAACAGAUCGAGCGAGAGCUGGUGCCGUGGCGCACGCAGGUCGAUGCGCUUGCCGUACGCCCGGUAGGUGCGUCCAAGGUGUUCCUGUCCAAGCCGGCCUGCCGGACGGGGGAGUGUAACUUCGGCAGCUUCGUUGCGGACGCGUUCGUCGACUACUACGUCGGCCGGGGAGAGGCCGAGCACGAGUGGACGUACGCGGCGAUCGGCAUCACCAACGACGGUGGCCUCCGGACCUCGCUCGCACCCGGCACGCUGACGUACGAGGAUCUGGUGACGGCCAUCCCGUACGAAAACACGGUCGAUACGUUCGAGCUGCGCGGCCACUAUCUGCUCGACGCACUCGAGUACAGUGCCAGCCGGUACGAUACGGCCGAUGUGCUGCAGUUCGCGGGGCUGCGCGUCGUCUUCAACCUGACGCGCCCUGCCCUGCAGCGCGUCCAGCGUGUGGAUGUGCGGUGCCGGGUGUGCCGGAUUCCGCGCUACGAACCGCUGGACCUGAACGCUACCUAUCGGAUUGCGAUUGCGGCGUGGAUUGGCAGCGGCGGCAACGGUUACACUAUGUUCGGGCAGCAUCGCACCAACGUGCGCGUGGGCCCACUGGACAUUGACGUGUUCGAGCGGUACGUGGCCAAGAUGUCGCCCAUUAUGCAGGGAACGGAUGGGCGAAUGGUUUUUGUCCGGUGAGCGGCUAAAGACUCCGCACUAAAUGGGGUUAAGCGCUAAGCGACGAACUCGGUUAAACGAUUUGUUUUCACUUUUAGCAAGAAAAUAUGAGGGAGAUUAAUUUAAAUAAACUAAACGAUGCGAUCAUAACAAUAAACCA